AAAUCUCCAUGAUUGUUCAAAAUCAAUUUCUUUUUCUCUUUCUGGUAAAUAAUGGACAAAUAUUUGGUUCCUUCCAAACCCUAUACUGAAAACCCUGAACCCAAGCCAAGGCCUCGUCCAUGGCGAAGAAGCGAGGUCGAAUUGAACGGAAAAUUCGACCCCAAAUACCGUCACAGCCUCUCUCCUCUUCUCAUGCACUCUUAUUCCGAGAUUGGUGCGUUUCCGCAUUUUUACCACAUUGAUGAAAAGCCAUGUCAAACCCAUAUGAAUCGGAUUAACAAUGCUGCGAAUUUGGGUCAUCAGCUUCCGUUCAGAAUGCAAGGAAUAUCUGCAGUUGACUUUGACAACAAGGGAAUAUACUUGGUUUCUGUGACAAAAUCAGGGUGCUUAACUGUUCAUGACUUUGAGACUCUAUAUUGCCAGAGUACCGGCUCCUUGCCAUCCUUAUAUGAAGAUGAAAGUAAGCAUUUAAUGCACCUCAAUUUGCAACGCCAACUUGAUGAUGUUCGGUGGAAUGUUGCUAACCAAGAUGAGGUUGUGUGUACAUCUGUGAAAAGUAAUGAAGUACUGAUCUUUGAUAUUGGUUAUAUCUCUUCUAAACCAGUUAAGGUGUUAAGAACAAGACGAACUCUCUCUGUUCUUGGUUCGGAAGUCUAUAAGGGUUUAUGUGCCAUAGCUUUUACAACAACUGAUGAUUCGAGGAUAAUUGCUUCUGACACGCAUGGUGUAGUCAAUAUAUGGGACAGAAGGAAUAACCAUUUUCCUUGCCUUGAGCUUAUAACUGGUUCCCGUAGCACCCUCAAUACUAUCCAACCACAUGUAGAUAAUCAGACCAUUUUUGGGGCUAGUAAGGAUGGCAAUAUUUAUAUGUGGGAUCUUCGAGGUGGAAGAACAUCUGCUGCUUUUCAAUGUCAUAAUGAGGUAGGUCAUCCUCCUCUGCUAUCUUUGAAGUUAGCAUCAAUGUUGUCAAAGAUUGGAUCUUUAAAGGCACAAUCAGAUAUCGUUCCUAAGGAAAUACAUUCCAUUGAUCUUGAUCCUUCUUGCCCGUAUCAAUUGGCAUUCCAUCUAGAUGAUGGAUGGUCAGGUGUUUUGAAUAUUUACAAUUUAAGAGUUACGCAUGUUCAUUGUCCUCCUCCAGCUUGGUUGACUGGAGCCAGCAUAUCAUCUGAUCUGCUAUACUUGAGAAAACCCUCAUGGCUACCAGCAUCUUCUAUUUAUGCAGUAGGAUCAUCAUAUGACACUGGCAUUCAUAUUUUAGAUUUCUAUCCUGAUACAAGCUCUCCCAGCCACGUUGACUACAAUGAGCAUGCAGAAAGUCUGUCUGAGAUGAACCGUCAAACGAAGAAAAACAUUUUUGUUCCAUUAUCUGAAGGUGUUACUGCAUGUGCAAGUCAUCCCCUCAAUGGUACCAUCAUAGCUGGGACAAAGCAUUCAUCAUUGCUCGCCAUUUCUCAAGCACACCAGAAAUUUGUGUAGGCAACGGAGAAGGUCCUCUAAAGUUAUGAAACUGGUAACUUUUCCUACUAUUUUGUCAUCAACUCAGAAGGCAUAAAACAAUGAAACUGAUAACUUAAAAUCGUUAAACGGGUAGAUCUAAAUUUCAUCACCCAACCUGUUUGAUCGAAAUUCAUACCAACUUCUUGUAUAGAAGCCUUGAGCUCAAAGUCACCGAGGAAUGAU